UAAUUUUGUUAUGCGUAUACUUAUGUUUAAUUAGGAAAACGUACAGGUAUAUUGUAAUUCAUCAUUUUAUAAACCCGCGCUUUGUCGUUUUCCAUUGUUUUCACGACGAUUGUUUUCGCACAAACGCACAAAAUCGUGUACACCGGGACUACCCACACCUGCACCCACACGGAGAAAUUUGACUCGUAAUAAUUCGUCAACUAGGUCGUCGGUGUAAUCGUAUAUUUCCUCGUGACAUAAUUCGAAGGAAAAAAUCUCAAGUCGGAGGAAUGUUUACGGUUUCGCGCAAAGCUAUGCGAAACAUUCGCAGUCGAUCAUCGAUUUGUAUACAUAAUAAUUUAUUAUUAUUCGGUUUGUUAUUAUAUUUUAGCAUCGACCUGGUCUACUUUCGGCGUCUAAUCGUCAUAUUAUACAAUACAGUAGUUACCUAUAACCUAAUACCGUAUUAUACCGUUUCGUAAUUUAUUCGCGUCCGUGUUGAAUGUUUAGCUUUAGGGACCGAACGAAAGGACGUUGCGAAACGGUUUCCCGUCGGUCAGCACAUAUUUUGUUUUGUUUACGUCGGCGCUCGACCGUCUUCCCGUGUAUAUAUCACAGGUGUCCGGACACACGGGACACAAUAUACCGACAUCGAUCGCCAAUUGUCCGCAAACACCUAAACGCAACCCAACGCAACAUGAAGUCCGUUAUUGUCGCAGCGUUGCUCGUAGUGGCGGCAACGGUCGUCGGCGCCUCGUCGGUGCGCGUCAAGAAGGACGUCGGGUCGAAGAACAGCAACGAACAGUGCGUGUACGCGGACGUGUCGAAGACGGGCAGGAAGACGAUUGUCUGCGGCGAUCCGGCGCCACCCACGCUGGCCGCCGUCUUGGCCAGUCACCUGCAGCGACAGUCAACGACCGCCGAGGCUAGAGUCCCGUCGGAAAAGUGUUUUGACAGUCUGCACAAACCCAAAACCGGGCCGGUGUCCGUGUACGUACAACCGCAGUCCGUCUUGCACCAAGAACAACCGCACUACGAACAGUUGCACGUGAUGCACCAUCAGGUGCCUCAGAUGCAGUACGUGCAGCAGCAACAGCCUCUGGUUCACUACCAGCCGACGGUCGUCUACCAGAAACCGGUGGCACACGUGGUACCUUACAAGUCGCCGUGUUCGCAAUACGGCGGUUACUCGGACGGCGGUUUCUCGGGCGGCAAUUACUUGGGCGGAGGUUACUCGGGCGGCGGUUACCGCAUGGCCGACGAACCAUAUCCCAUGGCGGUACUGACGAGGACAGUAGACGACGCCGACGACGGCUUAUACGAAGAUGACAACAUGCAACCGAUGACGCAGAACUACAUGGAGGCGGGACCGUACGAAGACACGUUAGCCCGCAAAGGGUUCGGUGGCGGCCGUCCUAGAACAGUAGCGAUGCGACCCACGCCGCUGUUCGUGCCAGCGAUGGUGAGGUCAGUGGAACCGUACGGAUACGAAGGCGGCCCGGCCCCGGAAUGGCAGCCGCAGCAGAGGUUCGUCUCGGAACCGGAGUUCCAGUUCCCAGGCCCGUUCCCGCAGCAACCAUUGGUCGGCCGGUCGAUGGCUGAAGCUGUGGCGGAGGGUCCGUUUGACAGGCGGCAGCUCGCGUUCAGUGGUUACAUGCCCGUCCGGCCCGAGACGAUUAUGUCGAUGCCGGACCGGUACAACUACGGCGGGUACUCGAGAACAGCCGGACAGCAACAGCAGCAAAUAUCACAACAACAACUGCAACAGCAGCAACUAUUACAACAACAACUGCAACAACAACAACAACUGCAGCAGCAGCAAAUACAACAACAACAGCAGCAGCAGCAACUACAACAACAACAGCAACAACCCCCGCAGGCCGUCGAACCGGUCCAGCAGCUGCCCGGUGGAGAGGUGGACGGAGCGAUGGCGGCGGCGCCCGCAAAGGCCGAACCGAAAGAUUUGAAAUCGGCCAAGAAAAUCACGAAAAACUAAAAAACUAAACUCCACGAUAUGGUUGGUCAGUAAAUAAUAUUUUAAAAAUGUUUUCCGUGUUAAGAUUUUCCGCGUAACGGAAGUAGUACACUGUAUUUUAUUGUAUCCGAUUCGACGUUACUUUAUUAUGCGUUACUGACCGACAGCGGCCACGACUUUUUUAAGAUAUAUAUUUUACUGUGUGAUUCUAACAUUGUUAUUUUUUCUCGUGCACGCGGUGUUUCGGUACUAUAAUUUAUUGUAAUAUAAUUGUAUAAUAUUAUUAUAGUAUGAUCAAAAUAACGUUUCAUGAAAAAAACAAUGUCACAAUAAUAUUAUUGUCAGCGAUGAAUUGUUUGUAUAUUAUUAUAAUAAUUAUUUAUCCGUCAACAUUAA